UCUUUUGUGUGGUACAAAAUCAAAAUCCAAACAAAAUUCUAAACACUUUGUGUUGUUUUUUUUUUCUCUCUCUCUCAAUCGAGAAGUCGGCAAACAUAAGGUAUUAGGUGAUGGAGAAUGAAAUUGGAGGGCUGAGGCACAUAUUGAUGACGGUCUUCCUUUCUGGCUUCGCCGAGUUCAUGGUAAUACCUGUGGUUACCGACGUUGCCGUCGCUGCCGUGUGCUCCGGUCCAGGCGACUCAUGUUCUCUGGCCGUUUACCUCACUGGUUUCCAACAAGUGACAAUAGGGAUUGGGACAAUGAUAAUGAUGCCGGUAAUUGGGAAUCUAUCAGACAGAUAUGGGAUUAAAACAAUCCUCACAGUUCCUAUGUGUCUCUCCAUUAUUCCUCCUGUAAUUUUAGGGUACAGAAGGGAUACAAAUUUCUUCUAUGUGUAUUAUAUAAGCAAGAUUCUAACCUCUAUGGUAUGCCAAGGCACCGUCGCCGUCCUCGCUUAUGCUUAUGUGGCAGAAAAUAUUAACGGCAGUAAUGGCAGUGCAAGAACAUCAGCAUUUGGUAUUUUAACUGGUAUCCAAACAAUCGCAGGACUUUUCGGAGCACUAGUUGCUCGUUUUCUACCCAUAUCUUUGAAUUUUCAGGUUUCUGCCAUAACAUUUCUCGUUAGUCUGGUGUACAUGAGAGUUUUCCUAAAGGAAAGGCUAAACGAUAAUGAAGAUGAUGAUCAUCAUGAUGGUACAUGUCAUCACGAUGAUCAUGAUAGUAACAAUGUCGGAAUGUUAGGAGAGCCGAUCCUGAACAGCGUACCCAUUAAAACACGUGUCUUUCACAAGAAGUAUUCUUCAUUGAAAGAUAUGAUCAGCUUGAUGAAGACUAGCACCAUAUUCGUACAAGCAUUGGUUAUUACAUUCUUCAGCAGUUUCUCAGAGAGUGGACUGGAGUCUGCUAUGCAGUACUUUUUGAAAGCACGUUUUGGAUUUGACAAGAAACAGUUUGCUGAACUCGUAUUGUUGCUUAACAUCGUUGGAUCUUUCACUCAACUGUUUGUACUACCAAGAUUUGCAUCUGCCAUUGGAGAACGCAAGCUUUUAUCAACAGGGCUUUUUAUGCAAUUCUUGAACAUGGCCAUUGUCAGCAUUUCCUGGGCACCAUGGGUUCCUUACUUCACCACUAUCUUUGUACUUCCUGGAAGCUUGUUUGUGAUUCCGUCGGUUUGUGGUAUUGCCUCAAGACAGGUCGGAACUGGUGAACAGGGAAAGGUGCAAGGAUGCAUAUCUGGAGUGAGGUCCUUUGGCGCAGUCGUGGGACCAUUUGCAUUGAGUCCAUUGACAGCAUUGUUUCUUUCUGAUAAUGCACCGUUCUAUUUCCCUGGAUUCUGCCUUCUUUGCGUAUCCUUGUCGUCGUUGAUCGGGUUCUUUCAAAGUCUAUUUAUUAAAAAUGUAUCUUCUCCGCCAUUGAACAAAGCAAUCAACAAGACCUCAAGGGACGAAGUGUGAUUACAAGACCACACCAAGUAUAUAAGAGAAGAGUGUAUAUAACAUUGUAGUAUGUGAUAAAAAUGUAUGAGUGUAUGAUACAUAAAGUAAUGAUAUUAUGAUCAAUAUUAUUCAAAAAGAAAGAAAAAAAAAAAACAAAAGAAGAAAAAGACGAAAUGGGAAUUUUGA